GGAAAGGAGUUAAUAUAAAAGAUUAUCAACAAAGAACUCGUUAUCUCUUUCCAAUCUUUCAACACAAUAUGAUGGUUAUCAAUUAUUUUCUAAAUUAUUUCGUCUAUCCUCGAGAAGCAAAACAGUUUCCACGUAAAUUGGUUUCAUCUGCUUGGGACUUGUCUUCAUCAGUGAGAACAAAGAUUAUCACUGGAUUUAGUGGAACCAAUGAUACACAGUUGCUUCUCCCAGUACAUAUUCGUCAGUACGAUUUGCCUGAACUUCAAAAAACCGAUGCCAUCGUUGUUAACAAUUUAUUACGACCUGAAAAUAACUGUUAUGAAUCUUUACAAAUCAUUUUCAUCUCGACAAACUAUUGAUAACAAAAAUGCAUUUCCGCAAGAGAUUUUUACAUCUAUUUUAAACGAGAAUAAUCUACUUAGCGAAAUUACCAACUACUUCAAAAAUCAACUAUCUGAAAGUUGGAAAAACCUGCUUUCAGAUCAACAAACUCAAAGAGGAUGUCCUUCAGUAGCAGAGAUCACUCGAGUUCUCCAUACUCUUCGAACAGAAUCUUCAGAAAACUGGAAUGAAUUAGUAAAAUCUAUCACAGCAGAAGUAGCAUUACUUGAUUUGACAAUCGAUCAACGCACGUUAUUAGGUGGUACUCUUGUCAGUUGGACAUUGGAACAAUGGUUAGAGAGAGCUUUGCAUUUUGCCAUUCAUAACAGAUCGGAAGAUUGCAUAAAAGAAAUAUCGAACACACCACACUCCAAUUGGACACCAUUCGAGUAUAUUCCAUGGCUAAUCUUAGAAUUGGAAAUGAAUAUAACUAUUCGAGAAAUUCAAGUAAAAGUAGCCCGCCAUAUGAUGGAUCCACAUGCCAGAGUGGAUGCUGAUGCAGUAAAAAGUAUAGUCAUUCAAAUGAAUAUGGGUGAAGGAAAAAC